CAGUGCUGGCGGAAGUGGUGCGCGCGGCGGCCACAGUGAAUCCGCCCGCCGGCGCUGGGCCAUCGACUUCUCGCCCAGCGGCCCCUCCUGCUUCCUAGGUUCAGACCGUCGCCCGCACUAUGUCUGGCUAUCCUAAAAGCUAUAAUCCUUUCGACGAUGACGUGGAAGACGAAGACACCCGGCCCGUGCCGUGGAAGGACGUCCGCGACCUGCCGGACGGCCCCGACGCGCCCCUUGACAGGCAGCAAUACCUGAGACAGGAGGUGUUGCGCAGGGCCGAGGCUACCGCUGCCAGCACCAGCAGGUCCUUGUCUCUCAUGUAUGAAUCGGAGAAGAUCGGAGUCGCCUCUUCCGAGGAGCUGGUCCGGCAGCGAGGAGUCCUAGAACACACAGAGAAGAUGGUAGACAAGAUGGAUCAGGAUUUGAAGAUGAGCCAGAAGCAUAUCAACAGCAUUAAGAGUGUGUUUGGAGGAUUUAUCAACUACUUCAAAUCCAAACCAGUAGAGCCUCCACCUGAGCAGAAUGGCGGCAUUGUCUCCCAGCCCAGCAGCAGAUUGCAAGAAGCCAUAAAUACAAGUAAAGACCAGGAAAACAAGUACCAAGCCAGCCACCCAAACCUCAGAAGGCUACAGGAUGCAGAACUAGACUCGGUCCCCAAAGGACCUUCUUCUACUGUGAAUACUGAGGUUUACCCAAAGAACUCGACCCUUCGAACGUAUCACCAGAAGAUUGACAGCAACCUAGAUGAGCUGUCCGUGGGAUUAGGCCGCCUGAAGGACAUAGCCUUGGGAAUGCAGACAGAAAUUGAGGAACAGGACGACAUCCUUGACCGACUAACAACCAAAGUGGACAAGUUAGAUGUCAAUAUAAAAAGCACAGAAAAAAAAGUGCGGCAACUCUAGAGACGCGGAGGAGGAAGUCUGCUCCAUCCUGAUGAGAAGAUUCAGAAGGCUCUCUUAAACUCAUGGAUGAUGUCACUCAUUACACACUGUAAAUAUAACGUGGUUUCAAAUGUG